CGCGGGCUCUGCGCGUGCGCGGCGCGGGCGCGGACUCGCCAUGGCGGAGGAGGCGGCGGUGCGGGCCCAGGCGGAGACCGUGCGGAGGCUCAAACAGGACAAGGCCGAUGCUGACGAGAUUGCAAAGGAAGUGGCAAAGCUGCUCGAGAUGAAGGCACAGCUGGGGGCAGACGAGGGGAAACACAAGUUUGUGCUCAAGACCCCAAAGGGCACACGGGAUUUUGGCCCCAAGGAAAUGGCCAUCCGUGAGAGGGCCUUCAAAGCCAUCAUCUCGUGCUUCAAGCGCCACGGAGCCGAAGUCAUCGACACGCCGGUGUUCGAGCUGAAGGAGACACUGACAGGGAAAUACGGUGAAGACUCGAAGCUCAUCUAUGAUCUAAAAGAUCAGGGAGGAGAGCUGCUGUCUCUGCGCUAUGACCUGACAGUACCCUUUGCUCGCUACCUGGCCAUGAACAAGAUCACCAACAUCAAGCGCUACCACAUCGCCAAGGUGUACAGGAGGGACAACCCAGCCAUGACCAGGGGCCGCUACCGCGAGUUCUACCAGUGUGACUUUGACAUCGCUGGGCAGUUUGACCCGAUGAUUCCUGAUGCUGAGUGCCUGAAGAUCGUGCAUGAGAUCCUGAGUGACCUGCAGCUUGGGGACUUUGUCAUCAAGGUCAAUGACCGGCGCAUCCUUGAUGGGAUGUUUGCAGUUUGUGGUGUCCCAGACAGCAAAUUCCGAACCAUCUGCUCCAGUGUUGACAAACUGGAUAAGGUGUCCUGGGAUGAAGUGAGGAGUGAGAUGGUGGGAGAGAAGGGGCUCUCUCCUGAGGCUGCGGAUCGCAUCGGGGAGUACGUCCAGCUCCAUGGUGGGCUGGAGCUGAUCGAGCGGCUUCUCCAGGACCCAAAGCUAUCCCAGAACAAGCAGGCCAAGGAAGGGCUGGGGGACAUGAAGCUGCUGUUUGAGUACCUGACGCUGUUUGGCAUCACAGGGAAGAUCUCCUUCGACCUGAGCCUGGCGCGGGGCCUGGACUAUUACACGGGGGUGAUCUUUGAGGCUGUGCUGCUGCAGCAGGAGAACGAGCACGUGGAGGAGCCCGUCAGCGUUGGGAGCGUGGCUGGAGGCGGCCGCUAUGACGGGCUGGUGGGGAUGUUUGAUCCCAAGGGCCGGAAGGUGCCCUGUGUGGGGGUCAGCAUUGGGAUUGAGCGGAUCUUCUCCAUCCUGGAACAGAGAUUGGAGGCCUCUGAGGAAAAGAUCAGGACAACAGAGACACAGGUGCUGGUGGCCUCUGCCCAGAAGAAGCUCCUUGAAGAGCGACUGAAGCUCAUCUCCGAACUGUGGGAUGCUGGAAUCAAGGCAGAGAUACUGUACAAGAAGAACCCCAAGCUCCUGAAUCAGCUGCAGUACUGUGAGGACACAGGCAUCCCUCUUGUCGCCAUUGUGGGUGAGCAGGAACUCAAAGAUGGAGUCGUCAAGCUGCGGAUUGUGGCAACCAGGGAGGAGGUCAAUGUUCGCAGAGAGAGCCUGGUGGAGGAAAUCAGGAUACGAACGAGUCAGUGUUAACCCCUUGGGACGCAUCUGCUCCUUUGCUGGAUUCCAGCUGACAGAUCUCCUUCCAUAAAUGCCUUCACUAGGCUGUGCAGCACUGGGUGGGAUGUUGGGGUGACUUGGAAAGCUGUAUUUAUUCUUGUCUUAUGCCUUUCUUUCCCUGGUGGGAGCCAAGAGGCUGCACUGACUCCUGUGCCAUGCCCUGGCCCUUGAGAAUGUUGCUGGAAAGAUGUGGAAGCGGCUCUGGCAGAUGCCGGCCGCACGUCUGCCGCAGUGACCCACGGAGUCCCACACUGGCAGCAGAUCCCGGGGGUUUGGCUGCAGCUUCUUGUUCCCGUCGUUUUGAAUAACCAUCCCAGACCAUCUCUCUGCUCUGGCUGCAGGGGGUGACCUUAUCCCCAGCAACAUGUAAUGGCGCUGCUCCCAGAAACAUAAUAAAUCUGUCUGUCCCCUGCUGUGA